CGUUUGUGGGACGGCGGUGCUGUUGCUUCGAGCCGAGCAUCGAUCCACGGAUAGAGCGCCGUGGUGAUUUCUUAGGCGUUCUGCAGCGUAGCAAUACUACAGGAGCUGCUUGCUUUGCAUUGGGACGGUUCCGGCGUGAUGGGCAUGUUAUAAGGUUUUACGUGGGCAUAGCGUGGAUAUUGACAUUGAGCGCCAGCAUGAGGGUUUCGAGGUCCGUUUCUUUCGAUACCCACUGUAGUGUCUUUGUAAUUACGCCUCCCGUUUCAUGAAUCGAGACUUGUGGUUUUCGGCCACGGACCCUUUAAGUUAUACAAGUGUGCCUGAGUCAGUCUUCGUAUGACGCUGGUGAUGUGGGGUAUGAGUCGCACUGCCCCUCCGAACUUCAGUAAUUUCUUGAGCACCACACCGCACUCCCGCAUUUCCCCACCCAUUGCAACAUGAGCGACGCACCACCACCAGCUGCAGCUCCCGCCGAAGCCCCCCAGGCUGAGGGUCCCUCCAAAAAUGCCCUGAAGAAGGCCCAGAAGGAGAAGGAGAAGGCAGAGAAGAAGGCCGCCGCAAAGGCCCGCGAACUCGCCGACCGCACAAAGAAGGAGGCUGCCGACGCCGAGGAUGUGUCCAAGGACUCGUAUGGCGAGCUUCCUCUGACCGGCUCGAAGGAGUUCAAGGCCACGGGCAUCGAGCGCAUCAACCUCGACGACGUCGCCGACCACGUUGACAAGGAAAUCACUUUCCGCUGCUGGGUUGAGAACGCGCGUUCGCAGUCGGCGAAGCUGGCAUUCCUGAACUUGCGCCAGAACCUCAGCACCAUCCAGGCCGUCAUCGCCGCCAGCGACAAGCUCAGCAAGCAGAUGGUCAAGUUCUGCGGUACCGUCAGCACCGAGAGCACCAUCGUUGUCACCGGGCUGGUCAAGAAGGCUCCCGAGCCGAUCAAGAGCGCCUCCAUCCAGGACUUCGAGAUCCACAUCAAGAAGCUCUUCAUCGAGGUCAAGGCCGAGGUGCCCCUGCCGCUGCAGGUUGACGAUGCGGAGAGGCCGCUGCCCGCUGAGGCGGCUGCUGGAGAGGAGCAGAAGGAGGAGGGCGGCGAGCGACCGCUUGUCAGCCUGAACACCAGGCUCAACAACAGGACACUCGAUCUGAGGGCAAAAAUCAACCAGUCUAUCUUCGUCAUCAAGAGCGGCGUUUGCGCCAUCUUCCAGGAGUUCCUCUCGAAGAAGGGUUUCACACUUGUCCAGACUCCCAAGAUCCUGGGUGCUGCUUCGGAAGGAGGCGCCAACGUCUUCGAGCUGAAGUACUUCGACCGCCAGGCGUACCUCGCCCAGUCGCCACAAUUCUACAAGCAGAUGCUGAUUGCGUCGCGCUUCCAGAAGGUCAUGGAGAUUGGACCUGUCUUCCGCGCCGAGAACUCGAACACGGCCCGCCAUUUGACCGAGUUCACUGGCCUCGAUCUCGAGAUGGAGUUCCAGGAGCACUACCACGAGGUCAUGGGUGUCCUCGAGGACCUCAUGCUGUUCAUCUUCAACGAGCUGAACUCGCGCUACAAGCGCGAAACCGACCUCGUCCGCGGCGUCUACCACGUUGAAGAGUUCAAGCUGCCCGAGUCGGGCAAGGUCCCCAGAGUGCCCUUCACCGAGGGAAUCCAGAUGCUGCGCGACGCCGGCGAGACCCUCGGCGACUACGACGACCUGAGCACCCCCCAAGAAAAGCACCUCGGCCGCCUCGUCCUCGAAAAGUACAACACCGACUUCUACGUGCUCGACCAGUUCCCGCUCGCCAUCCGGCCCGCGUACACCAUGCCCUCGCCCCACGACCCCAAGCUCUCCAACUCGUACGACUUCAUGAUGCGCGGCCAGGAAAUCUGCUCCGGCGCCCAGCGCAUCCACGACGCCGAGCUGCUGUCGUCGCAGAUGCGCGCGCACGACCCGCCCAUCGACCCCAACGGCGCGGGUACCAAGGACUACGUCGACUGCUUCCGCUACGGCUGCCCGCCCCACGCCGGCGGCGGUUUUGGGCUGGAGAGGAUCGUGCAGUUCUGGCUCGGGCUGCCGAAUAUUCGCAUGUGCAGCUUGUUCCCCCGCGACCCGCAGAGGGUUACGCCGUAGAGGAGGAAGUGUGUGAGAGCAGGUGGGGAGGCACCAAGAGCUGGCGCUGGAACGGAAGUAGGCACAUUGAAUGAAAAGAAUCACGCCCACUGACUGUCCCCCGCGUGCGUGCGUGAAAUCGACUGCAAGACGCCGUCCGUGAGACAUCCCGAACGCGCGAGCAGCUCCUUUUGCUAACC